AUAUUUAAAGGUUGCUUGUGUUUUAAACCAGCUGCAGGGGGCAUCAUUGGCUUUGCCGGCGGAGGUUCCCUAAUCUUCCCCUGAGUGCACGCACACGCACGGGCUAUACACACCCCUCCUCCUGCCGAACUCCUAGGCCGGGCAACGUCGCCAUACGGAACAUCCUGCAGUGAGCGGAGAGGGGGAGGAGAGAAGGUGCCUGAGCUGAGAGAGAAACGCACACUCGCACAGUGAGAGAGACGGCUCUGGCUUCUCUCCUGGCUCCUAAAUUAUCAGCUCCGUGCCCCAGAAAUUUGGACCACGAGUCGAGUGGAGAGGAGGCCUUUUGUUGCCUUACCGGAGACUGGGACCAGCGGGAUUAAAGAGCCGGACUGAUGGUCGCGCAGACGCUCUGAAGUUGGACAGACUACAACGAGACUCCCAGGAGCAAAAACAGCAGGACCAGCAGCAGCCUUCGCGGUCUCUCCCCCCUUUCCACCUCCCAGAACCCUUCCCUGGAGGGCAGCGGCGGCACCGGGAGGUUGUGUCCGCAGAAACACCUAUCAUGAAGCUGCCUUGGCUGCUGGCGCUCACCGCGCUGCUCGCUCACGCCGCCACGGCGCAGACGUGGUCUCAGCCCGUCGAUGCCGAAGGCUCGACGAGAGAUGACUUUUACGAUGACGAGGACCUCUACUCGGGCUCUGGGUCUGGCUUCUCUGAGAUCAGUGUGAGGCCGACAACAUCUGGUGUAUUGUUCACCACAGAAGAGCUCCCCUUCCUCUCCACCACCCAGGCAACAAGCCCUGCCCCCUCGGCCUCACCUGCAGCCGAGCCCAGCCCCAGCCCAGAGGAUGUUGCCUCCACCGUGUUUCCCACUGAGGCUGAUGGAGAGAGUGGCAUCUAUGUGGAGAGGGAGCUGGAGAAGGAGAGAGAAAGAGAGAAGGAGCAGGAGAGAGAAAGACAGAUGGAAAGGGAAAGGGAGAGAGAGAGGAUCAAAGAGAUGGAAAGAGAGAGGGAAAGGGAGAGAGAGCAGGAGAGGGAGAGAGAGCGGGAGAGAGAGCGGGAGAGGCAGAGAGAGCGGGAGCUCGAGAGGCAGAGGGAGCUAGAGAGAAUCCGGGCGGCUCAGACCACCGCUGCCCCCCGGUCGCCCGCUGUCUUCCCCAUGUCGACCACCAGCCUGUCAACCAGUGCUGUGGAGAGCGCAGGACCCUCUGCUGGUUCAGAUGACCUGCUCACUCCAGAGGCAGGUGAAGAGGAUAUGUACCUGUCCCCUGAUUCCACGUCGGGCUAUAUUGGCUUUAGCAUGGAAACCAUCAAAGAAAAUGAUGCGCUCACCACAGCAGAGACUACAGCCGAGCCCACGCCCGAGCCUACCACCACUACCACCACAGCUGUGACCACCGUCAAGACCAGAGUCCCCUUGAGGCCCAGGGGUCCAGUGUCAACGACCACUCAGGGGCUACCAACAGAGAGAACGACCCGCCCACAGCCGCCUACAACAACACAGGAGGGGAACAACGAUGUGGGCGCUGUAGGCCCGAGCGGUGAAUCAGAGAUUAGUGAGGAUCGCCGGAAUAAUCUCGGCAGAGGCGUAAGGCCGGAGGAGCCCGAGUUCAACGGGAACACGGUGGAUGGAGGUAGUUCUGCCGCCCAGCUGCCACAAAAGAACAUCCUGGAGAGGAAAGAGGUCCUAAUAGCUGUGAUCGUGGGAGGCGUGGUAGGUGCCUUGUUUGCCGCCUUCCUGGUGAUGCUGCUGGUGUACAGGAUGAAGAAGAAGGACGAGGGCAGCUACACGCUGGAGGAGCCCAAGCAGGCCACGGUCACCUACCAGAAACCAGACAAGCAGGAGGAGUUUUACGCAUAACACCUGGAUGCCAGGGAGAUGCACCUCACACCAGGCAUGGGGGGGAGAAAGAGUGAGAGAAGAGAGAAAGAUACUCUAAAGCCCUCCCCCUCCUCCUCCUUCUCCUUCUACUACUACUAUUACUCGCCCCUUCAUCUCCUCAUCCUGCUCCUCCCCUCUCGUCUCCGAAACAUUUCAGAGCGCCUUCUCUCUGGGGACUUUUUUUUUUUUCAAUGAAAAUGAAAAAUAAGGACAAAAAAAGAACAAAAAAUAUCCAAAUAUAUUCAAAAAGAAAUAACACAUACACACAAGACGUUUUUAAAGUAACUUGUUAUUAAUAUUCUGCAGAUUUUCUUGUUCUGUAUGUAAUGAUAUCAUUAUUUUGUAAAAAAAAAAAAAAAGCAAACAAUCUGUGUUUUUCUGAACAAGCAAACAAAAAAAGUUCCCCUUCUGUUUUUAUGGAGCAAAUAAGAGAGAGGAGAGGAGGGGGACGCUAAGAAGAGGAAGCCACGACUUAACAGAAGGGUGGGGCAUGACUCUACCCCUCAUUUCCCCCUCCCUUAAAACAAGAAAAAUCCCCCACACUGAUCGUCUGGUUGGCCAUGCAGAGUCCAGGGUCAAAGGUGAGAGGAAAGGUCUCUUCUGUGCCUUCCGUCCUUUUUUGGUGCUCAAAUAUUCACACACUGACAUAAACACAAGCUUACGCACACACACACACACGUCUGCACACACACACCAGAGUCUGCUUGAAGGUGGCUCUGACCUCUCGCUCUGCUCGGCCAACCAGAACAUGCUGCAGCGUGUUUCAGCCACAUCGAGCUGGUGGCUCCUCUGCUCCUCUGGGCUGUACAAAGACUAGUUAUUGAUAGUAAUAAUAAUAAUCAAUAAUAUAUCAAUGUUUCAGGGCUCGACGGUGAGGAAUUAUAAUAAUUAUAAUAAUAAAAUGGUAAUAACAAUAAUGAUGAUAAUAAAACCUAAACUGGAGGAUGUUGUAUUUAGCAUUUUAAAAAAAUAAGUAUAUAUGUAAAUAUCAGCGUCUCCUUUCUGGCAUCACUAAUCAUCUGCAUGAUCUUUUUGUUUCUAUCCAUCACAUCUGUUAUCACCUCAAACGAGCUGUGCUCUUGUCGCGUGCACGCACACACUCUGCACACACAGAUCAAAUCAGCAGUCCAUUAGAAACGGGCCACACUGAUCAUAAAUUAUACCAUCUGAACACAUAUCAGAGCCACAGUCGUCGUUGACGUGACCGAGGGAAGUCAGGUGCUGUUACUGAUCAGUUAUUAAUCGGUUUGGUUUGUUUGUGUAUAAGCACAAUUAUGGCGCCUUGCAAAAGGAUUCACUUGUCACUUUACGCAUAUGAACUUCAGUGUACCUUAUUGGGAUUUUAAUAUGAUGUAAUUUUACUUUUGGUCCUGAGCACCUCCUUAUACAUGGCCUGUAUUUAGCUCCAUUCAUCUCUGACUGGCUUCACGUUCCUCAAUAAAAACAACCCCCGGGAUGAUGCUGCCACCAACAUGAUUCGUCUUGGGGAUGGCAGUUGUGGUAGAGCAACGUUUUGUCUAUUACAUAUAAUCCCAAUAAGACACAUGAAAGUUUGUGGUAGUAACAUAACAAAAAGUGCAUAAGUUCGAUGGGUAUGGAUAUUUUUGCAAGGCAGUGUAUGUACAGUCCUUACGUCAUCCGGAAAACAUCUGCCCUCUCAAGCCGUUUGCAUGCCUCGCUUUCUUUUUUCCCCUCCACCACUGAUUGGCUCUCAGUUUGAGGAUGGGAGGUGUGAAGAGAUGCUCCCAUGUGCACUAACUGAGUAAAAAAUCAUAACAUUUGUUGGUAAUUCUUGGUUAACGAGAACAAAGAGAACAACUUUCAUCCGCUGUGGGAUCAUUUUUGAUGGGAAGGCGGUCUGAGAUCCGUACUUCGAUCUAAGAGAUUGUAACAAUAACCACACACCAGUGCAUCUGGGAUAGUAGCUUCUCUUAUACUUAGUACUGUAGAUAACAAAACUGCAUGGGAGUCAAAAUUAUACUUGUCGGAGUGUACGCGUGGAUUCCUGUGUGUGUGUGUGUGUGCAUUAAAAACUAAGGAGGGGUGCGUUAAGAGUUGGAAUGUACUGUGGUCAAGUGUGUUUACCUACUCCAGCAGUUCUCACGCUCUUCCACAGACGGGUAGCACACCUCCUCCACUCCUGUGUGUUAAAUCACCUGCCAUCCCCCUUCACCAGUGUGUGUGUGUUUGUGUCUGCAUCUCAUCUGAACCCGCCACCUCGCCUGUAAGCGUGCGUCACCUUGGUAUUUCACAGCAGACUCUUGUGUACAUGACACUAGCCUGUCCCGGUGUGUGUGUGUGGGUGUUAUGCAUGUGUUUUGUCUGCUCACUGCUGAAUGUGGGGCAGCUCGGCCCUCAAAGUGGCUACCACACACGCUGACUGUGUCUUCUCACUAUCUGUCUUGCUUGUGUACCUGUCCAACGUGGGAUGGAUGGAAAGAAGAGGUGCCACUUUGUCACAGGCAGGGAUGAUCUAAACACAUACGUCUUUUCUAAAGUGACUGUCAAAAAGUUGUGCGUUUGUACCCAUCUAAGCCUGCGUAGCCAAAUAAUAUGUGUGUAUGUGUGUGUGAGAAAGAGAGGGUAUAUUAGUGUAAAUGUGAGUCUGGGUGUGGAUGUGUGAGUGUAUGUGUGAAGCCCAGUGGAGGCUACACUUUUCUCUAUGUUUGCUGUUCCCAUUCCUGUUUUUAUACAUUUGCAUUUUUUUAAUGCUGAGUUUCUGUCAUUUGCUGAGUGACGAGAGGAGGCGGAUCCUCCACGCCACCGCCCUGUCACUAAUCUGCCACUCUGUUCCAAAUAAAAAACAACCUGAUUGGGUAAA